AUGGCACUCCGUAGGCUAUUCAAAUUGUCGUCGAUCCUUGCUUGGUCCUCGUUAGGAUCCAGUACCCCUCUUGGCCAUCGAUUCCCGUGUUCCUCGAAUUCUUUCAAUUUCCCAGAGAUAUUUGGUGCCAAUGCUACCGAUAUCAGCGCUAGCCCAGUCUCUAAUUACACCACGUUCUCGCUGGCCCCCGGGAGCAAUGUGGCAGGUACAUACACAAUCAACUUCUGCAAUGUCACCGUGACGUACACGCAUCCGGGUUGGGGUGAUAGCAUCACCGUCCACGUCUCGCUGCCCGCUGCCUCAUUGUGGAAUGGGAGACUCCAAGCACUUGGAGGAGGAGGGUACAGCGCUAGUUUUGGUGCGUUGUACUCGACUCAGGCAGUGUCUUUAGGAUACGUUACUAUUGACACCGACGCUGGUCAUGUUCAGGGAGCCGAAGCCGCCCAAAGCCCCGAGUCAUGGGCAUUGACGAGUUCAGGAAACGUCAACCUAUACUUAUUAGAGAAUUUCGGCUCUCGCUCGUUACACGAGAUGGCCGUUAUUGGGAAAGCUGUUACAGCAAGCUAUUACGGCUCUCAACCACAGUACUCAUAUUUUACUGGGUGCUCUGGAGGCGGUCGCCAGGCUCUGAUGAUCGCACAGAGGUAUGCUGAGGAUUUCGACGGUAUCUUGGCCACGGCCCCGGCUAUCAAUUUUGAGAAUUUCAUUCCAGCGGGGUAUUGGGCUACGCAGGUUAUGCAUGACUUAGGCGUUUUCCCGAGUCCUUGUGAAUUCAAAGCCUUCACGGAAGCCGCGAUUGCUGCAUGCGACAAGUUGGACGGGGUAAUAGAUGGCAUUAUUGGCUUGCCGGAGCUUUGCACGUUUGAUCCGCAUACCGUUGUAGGCCAGAGCUUCGCUUGCGACAAUUUUACUCAACAGUUCACUGAGCCCGGGGCUACUAUCGUCGAAGCCGCAUGGACAGGUCCUAAGAAUGAUAAUGGGAGGGUCGGUUGGUUUGGCUUGAACAAAGAUGCCGCACUGGACAGCUAUAUAAUUACGCAAUACAUAUUGAACGGCACGUGCGCUGCAUCGUCGAGCCCACUGGUAAGUAGCUAUUUGCAAUACUUGCUCGUCAAGGAUCCAAACUGGGACCCAUCCACCAUGACCAAAGAGGACUUCUUCAACUACCUACGACAGUCACAACGAGACUACGACUCGCCACUUGGAGCUGCAAAUCCAGACCUCUCUGCAUUUCGAAGAAAAGGUGGCAAGAUGAUUUCAUGGCACGGACUCGCAGAUGAUGCUAUUCCACCAAACGGAACAAUUGCGUAUUAUGAAAAGGUGUUAAAACUCGACUCUAAAGCAGGAGAUUUCUUCCGCGUUUACGAAGCCCCUGGGGUAGCCCACUGCUUUGGGGGAACAGGCCCAUCUCCCGACGGCGCACUAGAUCAGCUCAUCUCAUGGGUCGAGAACGGCGUAGCCCCUGAAACGUUGACUGCGGUAAGCGCAAGUGGAUACACUAGAAGUCUCUGUGCAUACCCGCUCCAGCAAAUAUAUCUGGGUGGUAGCAUAACUGAUUCUUCUUCCUUUGGCUGCGCUCCAAGGGCGGAAGUUGGGACACCUGCCAGCGAAGCUCCGUUCUUCUAA